AUUGGGAUAAAAUUUAAUGCAGCCAUCAUUGUUGAGCUUCCAUUGUAAUUAAUUUAGUUUUGCUGCACAAGCUCUAAUUACUCACAACAUUCGUAAUUAUUCCAUGUGCGCAGCUCAAAUGAAUACAUUAUACUGAUAAAUGACAAGGUUUAUUUAUAAGUGGAGUAGCUGGCACAAUGAACAGCGAUUCAGCAAAUAAAUUUAUUUCUGCCCUUGUGAAAUCAUUACAAACACUCUGUCAUGGCUAUGUUGAAUUCAAUGAUGGCAUUGAAAUUAUUGGUCACUUAUACCUUAAUAUAGAUAGUGGCUCUAGCUUUGAUUAUGUGGUCAAAGAAAAAGUGUGCAAAAAUGCUGAAAAUUCUACAGUAUUUGUGAGUAAAAGCUUUCAGGCUCAAGCCCCGCCAGAAGAAUGUAUUAUAAGAAAAGAAAAAGAUGAUGAUCAGACUGUAAUUUUUGAAGAUUCUUCCAAUAUGUCACUAACAGCUGGAACCUCCAGACUGCAGUCAGCCAUUUCCAGUAUUAGUAAUGUUUUAUCAGGGGCUCCCCAUGAUAGUCAUAAAUCCAGACUUUUAGAUCAGUCACUCAAUCACCCUCCAGCACAGAGCACCAGCAAAAGAAAAAGAGAGCAUAAUGGAAACUACAACAGCUUACAACCUCCCUAUAAAUACACAACCCUGCAGACAUCUUCAUAUUUUAGCAGCACCCCAUCAAAACAUGCAGCUGAUCGUAAUCACACUGAACAUUUCAGUAGUCCUUCUCAUGCUGAAUUCUUUGGUGGUGAUAGCAAUCAAAGCUCAGGGAUGGGUGCUGAAGAUGAAGAUGAUCUAGAUCUGGAUGUGACAUUUGUGAAAGAAGAAUAUGAAAGUCAGAGAAACUCAGGUCAAAGGGGGAUUUCUGCUGUUGCGGCCUCCAGGCUUAGUCAAGAUCCGUCCUCAAAUCAAUCAAACAUGCUACAUGAUGGUAGUACCUUGAGUUACUCAGCUAACCACCACCAGGCACCUCAGCAGUUUGCCAGUGGGACAGCCAGUGAUUUGGGGAGCUUAAGUCAAGGUUUCCAGGACCCUUCUCAAGUAGACAUGACACACUCUUCUCAAGGACCUCCAAACCCACGUAAUGAUGCCUCUGCCGGCCCACCUCCGCGGAUGCCGGAAGGAGUGAAACCAUUAUGUGGAUAUGUACACCCCGAUGAUGCUAAAAAAUGGAUGAUGUUUGAGCUGCUGUCUGGGUCGGGGGUUUUCAUUCAUCAAGAAAACUACAAUGUGGUCAUGUCAAAAACUCGACAGGACCGGCCGGACGGGAAAGCCAUGGCCAGGUACCUCAUGUCCUGCUUCUGGCGCCAGAGUGAGCUGGUGGGUGCCAGUAUAGCAGAGCCUCCCAAGCCAUACCAGCGGUCACUAGACAGGGGCAUCAUCCACGCUAUCCUUGAAUUUUGCCAGCACCAUUCCCGCGAGCUUGCCACAGACAUCCGUAGGACUAUUCAACAAAAAAUUGGCUAUGCCAAAUUUUACUUUGUAAAGAAAACCCAGGAUCCGGAUACUCCCAAAACAACGCCAGCAUCCAUUUCUGUUGAGGCUUCACCUAGAAGGAUGUCCAUGGAAAUGGCUCGCAGAGGUCUGGGUGGAUUGCCUUUAGACAUCCCCACUAAGAUUCAGUCUGGCAGAAGAAGCAGAAGAUCAAGUGAAAGUCUUUCAAGAGGUUUACCUGAAUCAGAGGAAUUCCCUAUUAGACUGAACCCAAGGGGAACUCCUGACAUAAACAGUAGGGUGUAUGUUGAGAUGCCCAGUGACAUUUCCAACCGUCUGAGUGAUGAAGCCAUGUCCAGCAGGCUGACCUCCAUUGAUAUGUUGACAGACAGACUCGGCACAGACAUGUCAGGCAGGCUAUCAGCCGGGGAUCCAGCUCGGCGAGUCUCCGUGGAUCUAACAAGCAGACCUGACGACUUCACAGGCCGCAUGCCUAGCAAUUUGACCGGCAGGAUAUUAUCCGACUCAGCCAGCCAUCUCCCUGAUGAUCUCUCCACCAGAUCUGCCAGUAAUCUCCCUUCAAGAUCAACUGACAUCUCCUCCAGUCGUUUGCCCUCUGAAAUACCAGGCCGAUCACAUGGCAAUCCGUUGGAUAGCUUGUCCGGUAGAAACACAGAUAACUUAAAUGAACUAACUGGUCGAUUGGGUCCCAUGCCUUCUGGAAUGUCCAGGGGUUUUCUGGACAUGCUCAAUAACAUUUAUCCAAAUAACUGAGACAACAGGUCCAGCUUCUAAUUCAGGCUAGAUGUUAUAUGGACCACGAAUGUCGUAAUACAGUUAUAUUUCCUGUGACUUGCAAUGUUUCUGACAAAAACAAAUUGCAUAAGUCAAUGACGUGUAAUUUUAAUAUACAGAGAUUGUAUAUACUGGGCUUAAUAAUUACUAUUGUCAUUGUGACACACUUUAUUUCAAGCUUAGCUUUCAGUUUUUAGUUUCUACUGCUGUGAUCAAUAUGUGAAGUCCCAAGAUCUGUGAUUUCUGCAGAAACACCAGUAACUGUUAUCUAGUCAUGAAUUUUUAUUUUUUUUAUCUGACUUUAUUUACUGUUUUCCCAAAUUAACUCACUGAAUUUAUUCAUAUCACAUUUUUAUUAUUGUUCAAGUUUUUCUAGAACACCAAGGUAGUAUAAUCUUGUUCAGUUUUUAGAAUUUAUUUAACAAAAGGUGUUUUCUUAAAAUGUUUAAGUUUUAAAAUGGAUAUAUUACAAAUUAAAUUUAAAGCUGAAAUAUAAAUCAAAGCAAAAUGCUGGGUAAAAUUUUUAUAUUUUUAAUUUGUCAACAAAAGAAAAUUUAAAAAAUUAAAGCAAUAGCAAAUUGAAUAAAGAAAACAAGAAAGUCGUCUGCCCCUUGUAUUUAAUCCAAGGAUGUAAGUACCUUUUUAAUACAUGUGCUGUAUUUUACAAGUCCUGUUAAGUGACAGUACAAAAUAAUUGUUUUUUUUAUACUUACAGUUGUAGCCUAACCUUACUCUGUCAGUGCUAAGCUGCUUUUUGCUGCUCCCUGUCAUCCAAGCUGAUCUUUUCUUCCCAUCUUUGCCUUCAUGUCCAGCCUAAAAAUA